AUGUCUGUGCCAGCUGUGGCGCCUCAGGGCUUUCCCCAGCCUUCUAAUGCUGGUUAUGUUGCCAUAUCACCACUGCAUCGAAUCGAGGCGACGACGACAACAAACAGUGAGCCGUUGUGGACCCAAUACAUGGAUUCAUGUAUCACCGUUGCGACUUACAACACCGACACCAAGCUUCGGUCCCUUUGCCAUCUACCAGGCGGGCAGUACGAAAGCCUCAUCCCCCAGCUAGCAGGCAUCAUCGAUGAGAGCACUCUCGUGAUCUUCACCAACGGCACCAGCGGCUCGAAACAGUGGCUGGAGACCCAAAAGGACAACAUAAUGGGGGCUAUCGAGACCCGCCUCAACGCGAACGGAAAAGAAGGAGGCGUUUACAGGGUGUAUCACACGGACCCGAGCCAGGACGCGUCUGGCGGUUUGAUUGCUGGGACUUUUGUGAUCCAGCCGGACGGCCGCUAUGGGCGGAUACAGGCACCUCGGAACCAGGCGCAGGGACAGACACCAUCUCGAGACUUGCAAGGAGGAGAGGCUCAUGGGUCUCGGGGAAAGAAUGGACGCAAGGCAAAGAACCGAGGGUUCUGGAGGAAGAUACUCUGUUGUUGUUUCAAAUAG